AUGACGCGCACGGCGACGCUGUUUGCGCUCACGACGCUGCUCUACUUCGGCAGCAUCAUCUUCUACGGCGCGAGCCGGGCGACGACGCCGGCGGAGCGCUACGUCACGGGCGGCGACGCGCUCUACGUCGAGGUGGCGGGCUGCGACGUGCGCGUCGAGUCCGGGCCGCGGAGCGAGGUCGACGUCGAGCGCUGGAUCUGGCAUUGGGCCGAGGUGCGCUGGUUCUACCGGAGCGGCGGCGCCAAGGUCUGGAAGGUGAUCGUGCGCAACGUCGUCGGCUGCCACAACGCGCCCUUCUUCGAGUGCGGCGAGACCUGCGAGGUCCGGGUCCGCGUCGCGGACGACUCCGCGCGCCUCGUCGUCCGCCAGGGCGCGUCCGACCCCGCGGACCACCUGACGGUCCGCGUGGAAAACGUCGCGCUCGCGAGCCUCGACGUCUCGGGCAACUUCGACGUGUCCCUCAAGGGCGUGGCCGUCGCCGGCGCGGCGAAGAUCUCGACGACGGACGGCUCCGUGGCGAUCGCCGACAGCGAUCUGGGCCAGGGCGGCGGAUCCUGCCGGGUCAAGUCGACGCGGGGCUCCGUGGCCAUCGCCGAGUCGCGCGACGUCGUCGACGACCUCGCCGUGGCCUACCGGAGCGUCAACAAGAAGACGUGCUUCGCGCUCGCGCACGGCGCCGACGCGCCGGCGGUCGCCGAGGCCGCGGACGCGCCGUCCGCGGCCUCCGCGCAGCGGCACUACGACGGCGACGCGAACGGCUACGUCACGCAGGCGGAGUUCAAGGCCGGCGUCGACGCGCUCGGCGCGUGCCUGGGGUCGGGCUGCCCGCGCUACUCCUCCGCGUCGUCCGCGGCGGCCGUCGUCUUCGACGCGGGCGACGGGACCCUCCUGACGCAGAUGGCCGCGUCGAGCCUCGGAAGCGCGCUCGGCGACGCCAACUACACGGAGCUGGCGCCCUACGCCUACCGCCACCUCGCGGCGACGCGCGCGAACCGCACGGACGGGUCGUCGGGCGUCUCGCGCGCGUACACGGUCGACGUCGUCGAGGGCGAGCUCCGCGUCGACUUCAGGAUGGGCGACGCGGUCAACGGCACGCGCUACGUCGCGCCGGCCGAGGGCACGCUGCCCGGCGUCCACCUCUUGGAGAAGGACGUCGUCAAGCUGCAGAAGAUCGCGAAGCGCUACGGCGCCUUCCUGGCCCGGUCGGACGUCUUCGCCGUCAUCGACGUGCCGGCGGGGCCGUCGUGGCCCGGCGACCGCUGGAUCUGGGCGUCCAACGAGGUCUAUCUCGAACUGCCGCCGCCGACGUUGGAGGCGCUGAGCUUCGAGGUCAUCCGGCCGCGCGUGGCGCGCUACCGCGUGCGCCUGACGAACGGCGACGCGUGCUCCGCGGCCGGCGUCUCCGACGCCGACGUCCGCGGGCAGGUCUACGAGGAGCUGGCGAAGAUUUUGACCCCGUCGGGCCAGCCCUACCUGAAGGGCCAGCUCGUGCGCGUGCGCAAGCGCAACGCGCUCCUCGACCGCCCCCGCCUCGACGCGUACGCCUACGCGGACGGCGCCUACGCGUCGGCCGACUUUUCGCGGACGGUCAUGCGGGGACGGGGCUGGCACGCGUUCUACGCGUCGAUCGCCCUCGCGUUCUUCGCGACGCUCUACGCCCUCGUCGUCGGGUCGCGCUACCUCAGCGCCAUGCAGACGCUCGCGGACCAGUCGUCGAAGAUCCAGAUGCGUCUGACGAAGACGUCCGCCAAAAACGUCGCCGCCGCCGCGCGCGACGACGACGAGGACGACGCGGAGGAUGGGAAGACCGGCGCGUUCAAGGAGGCGGCGGACGACGCCGACGCCGCGGCGCAGCGCGAGGAGCAGGAGGAGGCGUCGGCGCUGGCGAAGGAGGCGGCGGCGGCCGAGGCGGAGCUGAAGCAAUUGGGCGUCGCGGCGGACGCGGUCGUCGCGGACGACGAGGAGGGCGACGGCGGCGACCUCCAGGACUGGGGCGGCAUCAUGACAUGGGCCGAGGGCUUAGUUCUCAAAGACGUCGUCUUCCUGCUCGACCUCGUCAAGCCCCUCAUGCGCCCGCUCGCGACCGUCGACACGGCCGUCGUCACGCCGCUGCGCCGGUCUUUGAUCGACGCGCGCGCCAAGUUCGUGCGCAUGCGCUGCGUCCUCGACGCCGACGCCAUGAAAGUUCGCGGCAAAGGGGGCGGCAAGGUGGCGCCGGCGGACGAGUCGCCGCGGCGGGACCUCCGGCGGCGGCCGUCGCGGACGUGCUUCCGGACCUUCGUGCACGCGCACACGGACUUUUGCUUCAAGAAGAACCUGAGCGACGCGGGCGUCGACCGGCCGUCGCUCCAGCGCUACCUCGUGGCGACGCACGACCUCCGCUUCAAGGUGCAUCGGAUGCCGAAGGUGCGGGGCCGCGCGUGGAAGAAAGCCUGGAUCCCCGCGACGAAGCGCUCGCGGAAGCCCUUCGUGUCCCACGGCACGAUCUUCGCCCAGGGCGCGGCCUUCUUCGAGGGUUUGGAGGACGUCGCGCCGGCGGUCGCGACCUCGCAGGACGCGGCCGCGGUCCGCGCGUUCCUCGCCGAGCGCACGGAGCCCGCGGCGGCCAAGGCCGACGGCGACCGGGUGUUGCGGAUUUGCAGCGAGCCCGUCGUCCUCGGCGACGGCGCCCUGGGGCGGCGCAAGGGCCUCGUGGGCGAGUUCAACGCGCACCGGCGCGACGCGGGGCUGCCCGCCGUGGACCUCCGCGAGCACCUCGGCUGGCUGGCCGACGAGUUCGACCUGGCCGUGGAGACGGAGAUGAAGCUGAGCGUCGACGGGCUGCGGCUGCGCAACUUCGCCGCGGGCGGCAAGAAGCUCAAGCUGUCGGGCUCCUUCUACGUCGAGCACGUCCUGACGGCCGUCGCGCACUUUGCGUGCCUCGUCGUGCCCAUCGUCCUGCUCUGCUCCGUGGCCAUGCACCUGCAGCUGCGCCACAGCAAGCUCUGGGCCGCCGUCGUCGGCGACGGCGCGGAGCGCUUCUGGUCCAUCUACGACGCGACGUUGGUCGAGGAUUUCGUGCUCUCGGGCGACGCGCGCGUCUUCGCGUCCGCAUUCGUCGCCGCCUACGCGGGGCUCUACUUCCUGGCGGCGGUGGCGCGCGUGUACUUCCACUACGCGGGCGACGGGAUUUAUUACCUGCCGCCCGCGCCGGAGCGUUUGGUGAGUUGCGUGCGCCUCGUCUUCGCGGUGCUGUGCGUCGGCGCGGCGUUCCUCGUCCUCUUCUACGCGUUCCUCGUCGCCGUGUGGCUGCUCGCCGGGGCGAUCUUAGACCCGGCGAAGCUCUCGUCCCGCUCCGUGGCCUUCUUCACGCUCUGCACGUCCAUCUCCGCGCUGCGGCAGCAGCUCGCGGCCGCGGCGGAGAAGCACGAGAACCUCAUCUACGAGCGCCUCCGGAGCCGCGUCGCCGAGGCGCUCGAAAGCUACUCGAAGGCGCGCGAGGCGACGCAAAAGCGCGUCGACGGCGCGACGGGGCUCAUCCAGGCCGCGGAGGCGUCCGCGGCGUCGGAGCUCAGCGACGCGCAGCGCCUGUUCGCGGCGCUCGACGGCAACAACUCGGGCGGCGUGACGGCGGACGAGAUCCGGGAGCUCGCGGCCGUCGCCGCGCUGCCCGAGCUCGACGACGCCAAGCUCGCGCAGAUCUUCGCCUACGCGGACGCGGACCUCGACGCGGUCGUCGACGCCGACGAGUUCGACCGCGCGUGGACGUGGGUCGAGCGGCAGAUCGUCGACGCGAGCCUCGAGCGGGCGGGUUUGGGGCCGCGCUUCGUCAACGCGGCCGUCGCGGGCGCGGCGGUGCUGCUCGCGGGCGCCUUCGUCUUCCUGUUCCUCGUCUUCGCGGCGUGGUCCGAGGGGUCGACGUUCGCGGCGUGCGUCGAGAGCCUCCUCGUCCUGUCCGCGGGCUUCGCGGUGCGCGGGCUCGGGCCGUCGGCGGCCGCGGUCAUGCCCGAGGCCGUCGUGAGGCGGGGCGGCGGGGCUAAGAAGGCCGUGUAA